UCACUGUCUCCCUCUUCCUUAGUCAGGAGUCGGACGUCGCUCGCCUUCCUCCUCCUCGUCGGUGAGUUUAUCCCAUGCUGCAGUCGCUGUUUGUAUGUCGUUACCGCUCCGACGCUGCUCUCACCGCACAAUGUCAACUCUUUCGCAAACAAAAGAACUCUUCAGGAGAGCAGAUGCUGUUUGUUUUGAUGUGGACAGCACAGUCAUCAAAGAGGAAGGCAUCGAUGAACUGGCCAAAUUCUGCGGUGUGGGCGAUGCAGUCACUGAGAUGACUCGUAAAGCUAUGGGCGGUUCAGUGUCAUUUAAAACGGCGCUUACUGAACGUCUCUCCAUCAUCAAAUGUUCUAGAGAACAAGUGAACAAACUGAUAACGGAUCACCCACCUCAGCUGACUCCAGGUAUUAGGGAGCUUGUGGACCGUCUGCACCAGCGCAACAUUAAGGUCUUUCUCAUCUCCGGUGGAUUCCGCUGCAUUGUUGAACAUGUGGCCACCCAGCUAAACAUUCCCCUGGAUCAUGUGUAUGCGAACCGGCUCAAGUUCUACUUCAAUGGAGAGUACGCCGGUUUCGAUGAGAGUCAACCCACAGCUGAGAGCGGCGGCAAAGGAAAGGUCAUCAGCAUGCUGAAGGAACAAUACAGCUUCAAGACUGUGGUGAUGAUCGGAGAUGGAGCCACGGAUCUCGAGGCCUGUCCUCCCGCUAGUGCUUUUAUUGGAUUUGGUGGCAACGUUACCAGGCAGCAGGUGAAGGAGAGGUGUUCCUGGUAUGUGACGAGCUUUGGGGAGCUGAUGAAAGAACUGGAGAAGAUCUAAAGAUGGUGGAACUGUACUGUCACUAGGGCGGGGCAAUAAUUCAAUAACAAUGUACUGUCUAUUGCGAUAUGCUUUUCUUUAAUCGCAAUAUAACGGAGAUUCAGUAUAUAUCGAUAUGUUAAUAACGAUAUUUAAUACAAUACAUGGCGCACACUUAGUGAGAUGUGUCACUAUUUAACCAGUGUUUGUCGUUUCCAGCUAUAAUUUAAAACAACGAGAAAACUCAAUCUUUGAUUACUUGACAUUUAUUGUGUUAGACUGAAUGAAACAUUUGAAUUUGACCAUAUCGUUCAGCCCUAAUUCUCAUAGAUUUUGCACUUGAUGGUUUUUAUACAGUGCCCAACUUUCCUUAGACUCUUGCUAGAUUUUUAUAAUGGAUGAUGAAGACUAAUUUUACAUAGUGGUAUUGCCUUAUGGAUUUUUCUACAUUAGAGGAUACAGUAAUAACCAAACAUCAUCUCUGUGAUGGGUUAUGAGAAAGGAUAUCAGUUUGUUUUUUUGUUUUUUUUUGCAUCAAAGCCUUUUCGUAAUGCAGAUACAACUCCUGAAUAUUAUGGUCUGUAUUUUGCAAUGAACACUAGAACUGUUUUAAUUCUGUAUGAAUACUAAGAGCUGUAAUAUAGCAUGUCAAAGCCUCAAGUUAAUAUGACAUGAACAUUAAACAAACUCAUGCCAUUAAAAA